AUGGCCGAGGAACAGAAGCCCGCCGUCAAUACGGCUGCUGAGCAGGAUGUUCAGAAUGUUCUUGCCGAGCUGCAGGGAGAGAACAGCACCCCUGCCGAAGAGACCAAGACUGACGCCGACGAGGCGCGCGUCGUCGCCGAAGCCGCCAAGCUGGGUGAGAAGUCGGAGCAGUCAGAGGAAAAGUCGCAAAAGGAGCGCGAAUCGCGCGGUGGCUUCCGUGGUCGUGGUGGACGCCGGACGAACAAUGCCAAGUUUGACCCCUCCUCCCAGAAGGAGACUGACGACCCUGUCCAGAUCCGCAAGCAGGUUGAAUUUUACUUCUCUGACUCCAACCUACCCAUGGACAAGUUCCUACUCUCCAAGGUUGACGGCAGCACCAACAACCCUGUCCCCCUGGACCUCCUCCACUCUUUCAAGCGCAUGCGCCGCUUCCAGCCCUUCGAGGCCAUUGUCGCCGCCCUCAAGGACUCCGAGAUCCUGGAGCUGACCGAUAACGACACUGCUAUCAAGCGCAAGGUACCCCUUCCUGAGGAGCUUUCCAACGCCCACAGCGGCGACCUGGUCAAGACCUUCGAGGACAAGUCCAUGCCCCGCAGCAUCUACGCCAAGGGCUUUGGUGCCUUCGGCGAGGAGGAGCCUACCACCCAGCUCGACAUCGAGGCGUUCUUUGAGCCUUAUGGCCCCGUCAAGGCCGUCCGCCUCCGCCGCACUUACGAUAAGACUUUCAAGGGCAGCGUCUUCGUUGAGUUCGCUUCCGAGGAGAAGCAGCAGGCGUUCCUUGCUCUCGCUGAGAAGCCCCAGUGGAAGGGCAAGGACCUGGUCAUCAAGAGCAAGAAGGAGUACUGUGACGAGAAGGUCGAGGAGAUCAAGGCCGGUAACGUACGUGCUGGUCCCAGCCGUGGUCGCGGUCGUGGCCGUGGCGGUCGCGGUGGUCGUGGUGGCCGCGGUGAUCGUCGUGGUGGUGGCCGUAAUGAUCGUGACUGGCGAGAGCGCCGUGAUGAGGACAAGAAGAACGGCUUCAAGGAUAGCCGCGAGGUACAGAAGGAUGCCCGGGGUGUUCCUGUGGUGCAGAGUACCGGUGAAAAGCGGGCUCGCGAAGACGAGGGCAGUGGUGACCACCCUGCCAAGAAGGUCGAUGCGAAGGAGUAG